AUGAGUGGGUCUGUAAGCAAGACCAGUAUAGUAGGACCAGUGAUGUUUAAGAAUAUACAGAAGAGAAAUAUCAGCUCAGGCGUAAGAGCUUUGUUGAAUCACGGUAAGCCACAGAAUCCUGUUUAUAAUGCUGAGUUGACUAUGAAGAUCGAGCCGAUCCAAAGGACCGGGGAAAGCAUCGAUGUCAAAAGAGCUAGAUUGGUCUACCAAUCUCGUAAGAGAGGGAUCUUAGAAAGUGACUUGUUAUUAUCCCGUUUUGCUAAGAAGUACUUGUCGCAGUUCUCGGAGGAAGAAUUGGAUGAAUAUGACAAGUUGUUGGACGAGCCAGACUGGGACAUUUACUACUGGGCCACCAAGAAUUACGAUGUGACGCCAUUACCAGACAAGUGGAAGGAUUCAAAGAUUUUGAAAUUGUUGCAAGAAGAUGCUAAGAACAAAGAAAAGGUGAUCUUGAGAAUGCCUGAGUUAUAA